UUGAGCUUCCUCAUGCUCAGAUCUGGUUUCGCUGCUGCUUCCCUGUGGCUCACUGCCACAGGCUGAGCCACCAGCUGUGCUAUAUAAGGCCCGGGAAGCUGGACUGCUGGAGACGCAAAGACUGGGACCCCCAGCUGAGGAGUCCUGCUGAGACACGGUCACUGAAUCUGAGAAACUUCUUGGGAGACCACAUUCCAGGGACAAGCUGACACUGUGAAGCACCCUCGUCCAUCUCUUGCCAUGCUCCCCACAGGGCCUGGGGGAAAGAUGUUGGGGACCAAGGCCUGCAUAGUCUUACUCCUGGUCCUCGAGGUCACCUCUGUGUUGGGGAGGCAGGCACUGCUCACCCAGUCCGUGAGAAGAGUCCAGCCUGGGAAGGGGACCCGUAGCAUCUUUGUUAAGCCUGCUGACCCCCUGGAGAGUCCUGGUGAGUGGACAACAUGGUUCAACAUCGACCAUCCAGGUGGGCAGGGUGACUAUGAGCGGCUGGACGCCAUUCGCUUCUACUAUGGAGACCGUGUGUGUGCCCGGCCCCUGCGGCUAGAGGCUCGGACCACCAACUGGAUACCAGCAGGCAGCACUGGUCAGGUGGUCCAUGGAAGCCCCCGAGAGGGCUUCUGGUGCCUUAACAGGGAGCAGUGGUCUGGCCGGAACUGCUCCAACUACACUGUACGCUUCCUCUGCCCUCCAGGUGAGCCCUCCCACAAGCCCAGGAAGAGGCCUGGACCUGCCUCUGGUCACAGGAACUCUGGACAUCACACAAAUACUCACACUCAACUUUCUGGGUCCCUGCGCAGAGACACAGAGCGCACCUGGAGCCCAUGGUCUCCCUGGAGCAAGUGCUCAGCUGCCUGCGGUCACACCGGGGUCCAGACUCGCACACGCACCUGCCUGGCAGAGACGAUGUCACUGUGCAAUGAGGCCACUGAGGAGGGCCGGCUGUGCGUGAGCCAGGAGUGUACAGCCUGUGACCUGACCUGUCCCAUGGGCCAGGUGAAUGCUGAUUGUGAUGCCUGCAUGUGCCAGGACUUCGUGCUGCAAGGGGCUGUCUCCCUCCCCGGGGGUGCCCCAGCCUCAGGGGCUACUGUCUACCUGCUGACCAAGACACCUAAGCAACUGACCCAGACGGGCAGUAGUGGAAGAUUCCGAGUCCCUGGCUUAUGUCCCGAUGGCAAAAGCAUCCUGAAGAUCACAAAGGCCAAGUUUGCCCCCAUCAUGCUCACAAUGCCAAAGACUAGCCUGAAGGUGGUCACCAUCAAUGCAGAGUUCAUGAGGGCAGAGACUCCAUAUAUCAUAAUGAAUCCUGAGACCAAAGCACGGAGAGCUGGACAGAGUGUGUCCCUAUGCUGUAAGGCCACGGGGAAGCCCAGUCCAGACAAAUAUUUCUGGUAUCACAAUGACACGCUGCUUGACCCCUCUCUCUACAAGCACGAGAGCAAGUUGGUGCUGAGGAACCUGCAGCGGGACCAAGGUGGGGAGUACUUCUGCAAGGCCCAGAGUGAUGCUGGGGCUGUGAAGUCCCAGGUCGCCCAGCUGACUGUCAUAGCCCCUGAUGAGACGGCUUGCAACCCAACCCCUGAGAGCUACCUUAUCCGGCUGCCCCAUGACUGUUUCCAGAAUGCCACCAACUCCUUCUAUUAUGACGUGGGCCACUGCCCUAUCAAGAUCUGUGCAGGGCGGCAGGAUAAUGGGAUCAGAUGUAAGGAUGCUGUGAACUGCUGUGGCAUCUCCAAGACAGAGGAGAGGGAGAUCCAGUGCAGUGGGUACACACUGCCCACAAAAGUGGCCAUGCAGUGUAGCUGCCAGCGGUGUACAGAGACUCGGAGUAUCGUGCGGGGCCGUGUCAGUGCUGCUGACAAUGGGGAGCCCAUGCGCUUUGGCCACGUGUAUAUGGGGGGCAACCGUGUGAGCAUGACUGGCUACAAAGGAACUUUCACCCUCCAUGUCCCCCAGGACACUGAGAGGCUGGUGCUUACAUUUGUGGACAGGCUGCAGAAGUUCAUCAAUACCACUAAAGUGCUGCCCUUCAACAAGAAGGGGAGCACAGUGUUCCAUGAGAUCAAGAUGCUUCGGCGGAAAGAGCCCAUCACCUUGGAGGCCCUGGAGACCAAUAUUAUCCCCCUGGGGGAGAUGAUUGGUGAAGAUCCUGUGGCUGAGCUGGAGAUUCCAUCUAAGAGUUUCUACAGGCAGAAUGGGGAGCCCUACAUAGGAAAAGUGAAGGCUAGCGUGACCUUCCUGGAUCCCCGUAAUAUUUCCACAGCCACUGCCGCCCAGAGUGACCUGAACUUCAUCAACGAUGAAGGAGACACCUUCCCCCUUCGGACAUAUGGCAUGUUCUCUGUGGACUUCACAGAUGAGGCCACCUCAGAGUCACUCAACGUUGGCAAGGUGAAGGUCCACCUCGACUCAGCUCAGGUCAAGAUGCCAGAGCACGUGCCCAUGAUGAAGCUCUGGUCACUCAACCCAGACACAGGGCUGUGGGAGGAGGAAAGUGACUUCAAAUUUGAAAGCCAAAGGCGGAACAAAAGGGAAGAGAGAACCUUCCUGGUGGGCAACAUGGAGAUCCGUGAGAGGAGACUCUUUAACCUGGAUGUUCCUGAAAACAGGAGGUGCUUUAUCAAGGUGAGGGCCUACCGGAGUGAGAGGUUCUUGCCCAGUGAGCAGAUCCAGGGGGUUGUGGUCUCCGUGAUCAACCUGGAGCCCAGGACUGGCUUCUCCACCAACCCCAGGGCCUGGGGCCGCUUUGACAGUGUCAUUACAGGCCCCAAUGGGGCCUGUCUGCCUGCCUUCUGUGAUGACCAGUCCCCUGAUGCCUACUCCGCCUAUGUCUUGGCAAGUCUGUCUGGGGAGGAACUGGAAGCAGUAGAAUCUUCUCCUAAAUUCAAUCCAAAUGCAAUUGGCGUCCCUCAGCCCUACCUCAACAAGCUCAAGUACCGACGGACAGACCAUGAGGACCCACGAGUUAAAAAGACAGCUUUCCAGAUCAGCAUGGCCAAGCCAAGACCCAACUCAGCGGAAGAGAGCAACGGGCCUAUCUAUGCCUUUGAAAACCUCCGGGCAUGUGAGGAGGCGCCACCCAGUGCAGCCCACUUCCGGUUCUACCAGAUUGAGGGGGAUCGAUAUGACUAUAACACCGUGCCCUUCAAUGAGUAUGACCCCAUGAGCUGGACUGAAGACUACCUUGCAUGGUGGCCCAAACCAAUGGAAUUCAGAGCCUGCUACAUUAAGGUAAAGAUUGUGGGGCCACUGGAGGUGAACGUGCGAUCCCGCAAUAUGGGGGGCACCCACCGGCGGACAGUGGGGAAGCUGUAUGGAAUCCGGGAUGUGAAGAGCACACGGGACAGGGAUCAGCCUAAUGUCUCAUCUGCCUGCUUGGAGUUCAAGUGCAGCGGCAUGCUGUAUGACCAGGACCGGGUGGACCGCACCCUGGUGAAGGUUAUUCCCCAGGGCAGCUGCCAUCGAGUCAGUGUGAAUUCUAUGCUGCAUGAGUACCUGGUCAACCACCUGCCACUGGCUGUCAACAAUGACACCAGCGAGUACACCAUGCUGGCGCCCCUGGACCCACUGGGCCAUAAUUAUGGCAUCUACACCGUCACUGACCAGGACCCUCGCACGGCCAAGGAGAUCGCACUUGGUCGGUGUUUCGAUGGCACAUCUGAUGGCUCCUCCAGAAUCAUGAAAAGCAACGUGGGAGUGGCCCUCACCUUUAACUGCGUAGAGAGGCAGGUGGGCCGCCAGAGCACUUUCCAGUAUCUCCAGAGCACCCCAGCCCGGCUACCUUCCGCAGGCAAUAUCCGAGGAACAUUGGCCUACAGGAGGCAGCAACGAGCAAGAAGGGCUGGCCUGCGUAGGCGAGGAGGGGUGGCCUCUCUGAGGCUUCCUGGGAUUGCUCAACCGCCGCUGAGCAAUUAAGUCUCCUGGUGCUCCGUCCUCUUUUCCCCUCACCUCACGUUGACAGCCAUUGUGAGACUCACGCACAAACUGUCACUCGGUUAAUUUAAGCACAUCUGUUCUGGUGCAGUUUGCUUGUUUGUUUCUUCAUGCUUUUAGUUACCUCGUCCCAUGAUACUGAUUGGCACAGAGCCCCCAAAACGGCAGAAUAAAGCCCCUUUGUCUUGUUCUUUCAAAGAAACACAAGAAAUUGGGCACUAGGAAAACACUGUGGCUUUGACCGUUCUCAUUUAGUGCCAUCAAUGGAAAUGUACUUUUCUUUUUGCAUGCUUUUGCCCACCUUCACAAUAAUAAAAAUCUGAUUUUGAAGUUCAAAUAACCAAUACAAAGCAUAUUUCUUGGUCUUACUCCACAGGAUGUAAGUUGGCACUCCAUCACAGGUCAUUGUAUAAACAGUGGUGAAAUAAAGGGAUAAACUAUAAUGUUUUUACUUGAAAUGUAAAUAACUUAUUUAUUUCUUUGCUCAAUUUGGAACUUUAAUGCACAUCUAAUGUUAAACUAUUGAAUGUAGGGUGAUCAGAGUUCCUCCACCAAGUGUGGACAGAACAUCUCCUUGUAUCCACAACCACAUUAGGUUACUAACGGUAUUAGCAUGUUUCACUUCCACUUGCUUUUUUGUUCUUGCUAGAAGCCUAGUGUAGCCCAGAGCAGAUGUCAAUAAAUGCACAUUUUGUACUUUGAUUCUAGGCCAGUGUCCUGUCUUUUAUCCAUUAAAGCGAACCAGCAGCUCAGAGAGGCAAAGGCAACUCUGGAAAGUAGUCACAAGGUGGUGUGAAGCCAGGUCCCUAAGUUAAAGGGCUGGGUAACUAUGCACACACUUCAACAGCCAAGUUUGUUCUCAUGAUCAUAUUUUCCGCACGCAGGAAAGAGCUGAGAUUCCUGGAGUUGUGAGCAUGUUCUGGGCUCCUGAGUGAGGCUAAAAACAUGCUCUGAUUUUUCUUUUUUUUUUUUCCCCUGUUUUUCCAAUACUGAGGAGCUUAUUGAUUACAAUGGCUUAGGCCAGGGUAUGGCAAGCUGGCCAAGUGGUCCUUCAGCUACCCCACAGCCUGCUGCCUUCUCCAGCUGGGCUGGCUGACCUCACUCAAAAAUGAUGGGCUUUUCACUUUUUUUCCAAGCUUUUCUAGAGAUGCCCAGCUUUCCCAGACACCAGGUCUCAGUUGUAACAGCCCCUGUCCCCUUGAGUAAAACAACCAGUCCAAAUGAACAGGGUUUUGGUUUUGUCUUUGGAAAAGGUAUUUGGUUUAAAAUAGCAAUCAGAGGCUAGUGAAUGGUGCCAGAUUGAUCUUGGAGGCACCAACAAUUGGGGUGGUGGGGUGUCGGUUUGGGUAAGAAGCAAUGACUGCGCCUCUCCCAACCUUUGCAGAAUCUGUCAGGAAAGAGGCAAAGAGGAUUGGAGAAGGAGUUUACAGUCAGGACAGAAAGCUUUCCCUAAUCCUCUGACUGGCCCAGUACAACUCCUUUUUGGCUGCCUCUGGCCUGGGCUGGUUGUGUGCUCUUGGCUCAGCAUCUGCCUGGUUCCUGAGGGUUCAGUUUGAAAUCAAUUAGAAAUUUCUCUGGCUGAGCAGCCCCAUCCCCAUCACCUCUGAGAAAGCAAGCGAAUGCAGGGCUGAGGCCUAGCGGCCUUGUGAUUGCCUGGGCCCACUUCCAACUUUCACUUCUGUCCCACUGCUCCCAGGAAGCAGCUUCACCAACUGCUUGGUGGGCUUGACUGCCUCUACUGAGGGGCCACUGUACCGUCAUCUCCACCACAGACGCCCCAGCUGCUUCAGGAGCCAGGGCUUAUGCUGUUUCAACCUGAACACUCUGUGUAGUUCUCUUCAAACUCAGAGAGGCAGCUCUGGGAAAGGUGGACUGACUAGGCCCCCAGCCCAUACCCUUCCCUAUCGAUGAGGGCCUGAACAAAGGACUCUAGCAGGCAGCAGCUCUUUUCUUCACUCAUCAAACAUUUACUGAAUGCCUAUGCCAUGCGAGGCUAUGUGCACAAACAGGCAUGUAUGAGAUGGCGUAAAGUGGUACCAGACCUGGAAGAGGUGGUCAGAGGAGGCUUCUUGGAGGAGGUAACAUCUCAUUUGAGGUCUGAAUGAUAGCUAGGAGCUAGCCUGCUGCAGAAACAGCUGUGCAAAGCCUGGUGAGGGGAAGGCUGAGAAGUGAUGGUAGACAUCUCUUUCAAGAAAAGGAAACUCUGUUCAGUCAAGCUCAUGACAGCUCCUAAUUCUUAAAGCCAUCGACUGCUAACCAAAAGGCCAGCAGUUCAAAAGUUCGAGCCAUUCUGCGAGAGAAAGGUGCGACAGUCUGCUUCUAAAAAGAUUUACAGCCUUGGUAACCCUAUGGGACAGUUCUACUCUGUCCUAUAGGGUCUCUACGAAUUGGAAUCGACUCAACAGCAAUGGUUGUUUUGUUUCGGUUUUGGUGUAUACCAAUGACUAAUCCAAGUAAAAAUUAAAUAUAUGUGUGUGUGUGCGUGUGUGAGAGAGAGAAAGAGAGAAAAUAAGAGAAUCAGAGGAAACCAGGGGGAAGUGAUGGCCUGGAAUCUAAUUGCUUUGCAGUUCCUGGUUCCAGUGCUUCCUGAUGUCUGGUGGCAUCCCUGUUACUUGUAGCCCAAAGACUCCACUCCAGUGUGCAGUCCAACCUCUGCUUCUUGGCUCUAGCUGUUCCCUUUGCCUGAAACUCCACCCAUCCCUGUACUGCCUCCAACUUGUCUAAGUCUUCUCAGUCCUUCAAGACUAUUCUUGUCCUGACAUGGUGACGUUUCCCUCUCUCACCCCAGCUGCUAGAACUAUCUGAGCCUGCAGAGAGCAUUCUGCCUGGAAAACUCAUUUGGCUGGAAGCAGAAGCAGUCUGAUUUGGCCCCUCUGCCCUUUCUCCCUACCAUCUGGUGUACGCCUUCAUACAGUUCAUACUUGGUAACUGGGUGGUUGAUGAUCAACCAGUAUACAGCAGGCUGAGACCAGAGCUUUUCUGAGAUCGAUGCUUUAUCCAUCCAGUAGGAAGAAGCUCCACUGGGGAAGGGAACACCCAGUGAAUCAUCAAUGGUUUGGCAAACCAAAGUCAUCCUGGACACUGUGCUCUUAGCCUAACUGAAAAUCAUAGAAAGCACUUCUAGAAAGUACCUAGAUUCUUAUCUAGGCCAACUCUUUUAUUUAGAGAUAAGGAAACUGAGGCCCAGGGAAAACUGACUUGACCAGUCACACAGCUUGCAGGUGACAGAGCUGCCUUUGGAGGCAAAAACAAAAAACCCACUGCUGACAAGUUGAUUUCGACUCAUAGAGAUCCCAUAAGGUUUCUAAGGUUUUCUCUAUGCAAGCAGAUUGCCACAUCUUUCUCCCUCAAAGCCACUGGAGGUUUUGAACUGCCAACCUUUCAGUUAGCAGUCAAUGGCUUUAAGAAUUAGGAGGAAAAAAAAAAUGAGGAAAAAAAAAAUUAGAAGGUGUCGUGAGCUUGACUGAACAGAAUUUCCUUUUCUUGAAAGAGAUGUCUACCAUCACUUCCCAGCCUUCACCCCCAGGCUUUGCAUAGCUGUUUCUGCUUAACCAUUGCCCCAUCAGAGCUCCUCACUGGCACAUGUUGUUGUUAGGUACUGUCGAGUAAGUUGACUCAUAGCGGCCCUAUGUACAACAGAACAAAACACUGCCCAAUCCUGCGCCAUCCUCACAAUUGCUGUUUGAGUCCACUGUUGCAGCCACUAUGUCUGACCAUCUCUUUUUCACUGACCCUCUACCAAACAUGAAGUCUUUCUCCAGGGACUGGUCCCUCACAGUUACUUGUUCAAAGUAAGCAAGACUUGGUAACCACCAUAUAAAGAACCCUGUUGGUGCAGUAGUUAGGCACUCGGCUGCUAACUGAAAGAUCAGCAGUUUGAACCCACUAGCUGCUCUGCAGGAGAAAGAUGUGGUAACCCUUGGAAACCCUAAGGGGCAGUUCUAAUCUAUCGUAUAUCAUCACUAUGAGCUGGAAUCAACUUCAUGGCAACUUCUUUUUUUUUUGUAACCACCAUGUAAGUGCUGCUAUUACUGUGCACCACACUGUUGGAAGAGACAGAAAAUUUGUGUAUGUUAAUAAGGUGAUGCUUCAUUUUUGUGACACCUAGGGAAACAAAUUGUUCAAGAGAAGUAGUUUUUCAGGAAAUUCAAUCUUAUUCCAUUUAAGCUCCAAAACUUCAUAACUUUUAUUUUGGCCUGUUUUGGGUCAAAUCUUUAUGAAAGUAUAUAUUUCCAUACAUAUUUCUUGUCUCAAUAAUUUUUACAGAUACAGUUCAGAGACAUUAUGUUCAUCACGUUGUACAAGCAUUAACACUACUGAUUUCCAAUUCUUUGCAUUACUUUUAAAAAAUAUUUUAUUUUGUUUUAGAUGUAAGUGCCAUAUAUUUUAAACAGAGACAACAAUAUAAUUUGAGUCUCUGGGUGGUGCAAACAGUUAAUGCGUUUGGCUGCUAAUAAAGGGGUUGGAAGUUCGAGUAUACCCAGAAGUCCCUCGGAAGAAAGGCCUGGCAACCUUUGUCCAAAAAAUCAGCCAUUGCAAGCUCUACGGAGCACAGAUCUACUCUGACACACAUGGGGUUGCCAUUAGUUGGAAUCAACUCCAUGGCAACUGGUUACUGGUAACAACAUAAUUCAAUCUUUUCUUGGUAUAUCAGGAACACCGUUAUGAUCAUCAAUUAUUAUGGUGAUGUUAUGAAAUGGCAACCAGGGUCCAACACCAAGUGGCUCCAGACCACAAUUCUUCUUGUUGAGUUCUUGCAUCAACUUUUCUGUUUCCUCCUUUUUUGUCAGGCUCUGAGAGAAUCCUUUUGGCUGUGGUUAAUUCUGGCUUCUAGCCCCUUUCCCCUUUCUAAUUUACUCACUUGAGGGUUGGGGAUCAGGAUGACCAAAUCAGUA